AUGUAUGCGGAUUUUAUUGCCGGAUGGGUAGCAGGGGGCACUGGAUUGAUAGUUGGUCAUCCCUUCGAUACAGUUAAGACAAGAUUACAAACGAUGUCAAAUUAUGGAGGGAUCUUGGAUUGUGUUAGGAAAACAAUUCAGAAAGAAUCUGUGUUCGGACUGUACAAAGGAAUGUGGGCUCCAUUCCUGUCUACUGGAGCUUUGCAGUCAAUUUUGUUCACCAGUUAUGGAGCUGGUCUACGAAUACUUCAUCCAGGAGAACUGAAUAUAACGGAUAGGAAAGAUUUGCCCAUAACAGAUAUAAUCGCUGCUUCUAUCUUUGGUGCAUUGAUAGCAGUAACACCUGAAAUUCCUGUCGAACUGAUAAAAACAAAGUUGCAGGUGCAAAAAGAAAACAUUUGCCCGGAAACGCUGAAAACAAAGUCUCUGUAUAGAGGACCGGCAGAUUGUGCUAUUCAAACAUUCAAGCAAGAAGGUCUUCGAGGAUUAUUCAAAGGUGGCAAUGUAAUGGUUGUACGAAAUUUGAUUGGCUAUGUAGCCUAUAUACCUGUUUACGAGUUGAUGCUAAGGAAUGCCAAAAAGAGGAACAUAAACGAGACGUUGGCUCAGCUUUUGUCGGGAGGUAUAGCCGGUAGCGUUAGUUGGUUUUCCAUAUGUCCCUUUGAGGUUGUGAAGAAUAAUAUUCAAACGUCUAAGACAGCGAAAAAACAAAAAAUGCUGGAAGUGGCGAGACGACUAUUCCAAAAUGAAGGUGCUAAUGCCUUCUUCCGAGGAGGUUUAACUCUGGUUAUUCGUGGUUUUCUUGUUAAUUCAAUUCUAUUUGUUGUCUAUGAGAACACACUAUCUUUAGUUCAAGAUGCUCUUUAA